AUGGCGGCGGGAGCGCGCGUCGGGAGCGCGGCGCUGCGGCGGCUGCGGGGCGGGGGCGCGGGCGCGGCCCCGCGGGGCGCGCGGGGGUACUCCAGGGAUGCCGAGGGCAGCUGGUUCCGCUCCCUCUUCGUGCACAAGGUGGAUCCACGCAAGGAUGCACAUUCCAACCUCCUCUCCAAGAAGGAGACCAGCAACCUCUACAAGAUCCAGUUUCACAAUGUGAAGCCGGAAUGCCUGGAAGCCUACAACAAGCUGACAGAGGAGGUGCUGCCCAAGCUCCACUCAGACCCUGACUACCCCUGUGACCUGGUGGGCAACUGGAACACGUGGUACGGCGAGCAGGACCAGGCAGUGCACCUGUGGCGCUUCUCGGGCGGGUACCCAGCGCUCAUGGACUGCAUGAACAAGCUCAGGCAGAACAAGGAGUACCUGGACUUCCGCAAGGAGAGGAGCCGGAUGUUGCUGUCCCGCAGGAACCAGCUGCUCCUGGAAUUCAGCUUCUGGAAUGAGCCCCAGCCCCGCCAGGGACCAAACAUCUACGAGCUGAGGACCUACAAGCUGAAGCCAGGGACCAUGAUUGAGUGGGGCAACAACUGGGCUCGGGCCAUCAAGUACCGCCAGGAGAACCAGGAGGCUGUUGGGGGGUUCUUCUCCCAGAUUGGGGAACUCUACGUGGUGCAUCACCUCUGGGCCUACAGGGAUCUGCAGUCCCGGGAGGAGACAAGGAAUGCAGCCUGGAGGAAGAGGGGCUGGGAUGAGAACGUUUAUUACACUGUCCCACUGAUCCGGACCAUGGAAUCUCGGAUAAUGAUUCCCCUGAAGAUCUCCCCACUGCAGUGAUUGGGGGGCCCUGCUGGGGUGUAUCCCUGCACCCCUGGGGCUCCCUUCCUGUGC